AUGAAAUUGGUAUCUACAAGAAUGGACACAUCAGAUGUAAACGUUGGCCCGUCAACGAGUCAGGGCAUUAAAAUAUUCAAUUAUUGGCGUAAAGGAGAGACAACGCCACCAGAUAAAGUUCAAUUAAUAAACGACCAUCAUAUCGAUGUGAUCCCACCCCCUCUGACCAUUUCGUGGCACAACAUCACUGUGUCUACCAAAAUGUCGAGACAAAUACCAUUUCCCUUUAGAAAGGGUAACGACAAACCACCUGUUCAUAUACUUAACCAUGUGAAUGGUCAGGCAAAGAGUGGAGAGUUGUUGGCAAUUAUGGGCUCAAGUACUGGUAAUAUGCCACUGAUAACACUAUGGUAUCUAACCAGUCAAAUGAAAGUGUCGCCGCGAAUGGACACAUCAGAUGUGAACGUUGGCCCGUCAACGAGUCAGGGCAUUAAAAUAUUCAAUUAUUGGCGUAAAGCAGAGACAACGCCACCAGAAAAAGAGGAUGACCAGAUCUGUAAUGGGGGCUUAUGA